GGCCCCGGCCUGCAUGCAGACUGCUGCCAUUGACGCAAGGAAGCUGCCAUUUCAAGAUCCGAAGUCUGCAACUUCUGGAAUUAGCGAAGACUGCCUUUUCCUCAACAUCUGGACACCAAGACGGGACUUGUCGGAAAAGCUAAAUGUCAUGGUCUAUCUAUUUGGAGGAACUCUUCUCACUGGCUCAGCGCCCGACGGCGCAGUCUUGUCUGCUUACGGAGGUGUCGUCGUCGUCACGAUUAACUACAGGCUCGGCGCCUUCGGAUUUUUAUACGGUGGAAGUGAAGACGUACCCGGCAACCAGGGGCUCUACGACCAAGCACUGGCGCUCACGUGGGUCACAGACAACGUCGAUCGCUUCAAUGGGAAUCCAGACUCGAUCACACUGUUUGGAGAAAGUUCAGGAGCCUGGAGCGUCGUGUUCCAUCUGCUGUCACCCAUGACCCAGUCUAUGAUACACAGGGCCAUCGUUCAAAGCGGAGGAGUCGAUCGGAGAGACCUAGUGGGGAAGGGCUCGGAUAUGCUUGGCAGAGCUCAUAAGCUCGCCAAAUUUCUUGGCUGCUCCGGCGGUGCCAAUUCAACUUGGGAGUUAAGCGCUGAAACGGUUAGCUGCAUUAGGGCAACCAAUGCCAGUGAACUAAGCGUUACAGAAAGAUUGUUAAUCGAUGGCAAGAAUACUUUUUUCCAGCCAAUAUUCGGCGACGCGUUUAUGCCGGUGGAACCACGACUGGCGACGUUCCCAGGCGACAAGGACGUUCUAAUUGGGCAGGUCGAGAGCGAGGGUGCCUCUUACAUCUCUCAAUACUUUCGAGAUACAUUUUCUGCGUCACAGUCCUCGAGGAAAAUAAAUAAGGUCGAAAUGACGUACUUCUUCGGUAAGACGUUUCCCUCGUUGAAUCUUACUUCGCUGAAGAAAGUACAGGAUGAGUACAUGGGGCAUCUGAGGGACUUUGAUUACGAUGCAUUGAAGCAAGCAUUGGUGGAUGCACGAGGAGACGGUCAUGUUGUUUGUAGUACCGUGCGGACUGCGUUAAAGUUGGCGAAUGCGACGGCAUUGAAGAGCGCGGGUGCGGGUGUCUACUACUACAGGAUCAGUCAAGUGCCCCAAUGCAUAGAGAGAGAAGCCUGGUUGAAGACAGCGCACACGGAUGAUAUACCCUACGUUUUCGGAACUUCUUUUGAAGAGGGCGGUUGCGCUCCCGACAGCGACAUCAGCCGCACAAUCAUGCGUAUAUGGAGCGGUUUUGCGAAGAAAAGGGUCAUGAAAGUCGUCACAUGCUUGGAACACACCUACAAUAAAUGUAGCGAAGCCGGUUUGAGCUGUGUUAAUGUCGUUUACAAUGUUUUCGUCGAACAUCUUAACAAUGCUGUCGGCCAUGUUAAAUUCGAAUGA